AUGGCAAUCGUCAUAAAAAUCUCCCUGUUCUCUCUCUCUCUCCCUCUCAAAUCUUUCGUUCCGUCUUUCUUUAGCGUCGCACAAUUCUCCCCUGAAUUUCAAUCUCUAAUUCUGUAUUCUUUUACCAAUGGCUUUUCUUCCGCCGAAUAUAAACUCCAUCUAUGGAAGAGCAUAUGCCUCAGUUUGGGCUGUCAGAAUAUAAAUCGGCUUCACGGAUCGGAUUUGAUCUCUAUUGCCUUUCAUCUUUUUCCAUCUUCCAUCUGUUACAAAAUUAUACACAAGCAUAUCUAUCUAUCUAUCUAUCUAUCUAUCUAUCUAUCUAUUACAGUCUGUACAUAUCUAUCUAUCUAUCUAUUACAGUCUGUAUCUAUCUAUCUAUCUAUCUAUCUAUCUAUCUAUCUAUCUGUUACAGUCUGUAAAUAUCUAUCUAUCUAUCUAUUACAGUCUGUACAUAUCUAUCUAUCUAUCUAUCUAUCUAUCUAUCUAUCUGUUACAGUCUGUAGGUAUCUAUCUAUCUAUCUAUUACCGUCUGUACAUAUCUAUCUAUCUAUCUAUCUAUCUAUCUAUCUAUCUAUCUAUCUAUCUAUCUAUCUGUUACAGUCUGUAGGUAUCUAUCUAUCUAUCUAUCUAUCUAUCUAUCUAUCUAUCUGUUACAGUCUGUACAUAUCUAUCUAUCUAUCUAUCUAUCUAGAAAGAAAUAUACUCCUAAGGUGUGCUCUAUUUAUGGGAUAA